AUUCCAUAAAAUAUCCGCGGCAAAAUUUUAUAAAUAUAAUCUUUUGGUUGCUCUUCUAUUUUCCUUUUCUUUCUUAGCUUUCUUCUUCUCCGUCUUUGUAUGUUGGAAUAUUCUCCAAGUCCAAUAUAUAUAUCGAUCGAGAAGAAAGAAAUAUAAUAAAUCUGGGCAGUAGUUAUCAUACAUUGCAUGCUGGAUCUAAGUUUACAGUAUUAAAUAAACACACACACACAUAUAUAUAUAUAUAUAAUGUUGCCUUAUCAAACCCUUGAAGAAGCCCAGAUAUCUGUAGGAAGAAACCUGACAUUUGGAGAGACAUUAUGGUUCAAAUACUCCGCCCAGAAAUCUGAUUACUUGUUGUAUUGUCACAACACCCUUUUCUUCUUCAUCUUCUACACUUUGGUCCCUCUACCCUGGGUCAUGAUUCAGCGCCUGAGGUCUCACAAAUUUGACAGAUUCAAGAUUCAACCCAGAGCUACUCAUUCCUUGUCUGAGAUGAUACACUGCUACACAAAAGUCUUGCUCACUUUUGUCUACUCCGUUUGCCCUCUCCAGAUCUUAUCCUAUCCCAUCAUCAAGUGGAUUGGAAUAAGGACAAGUUUGGCAUUGCCGUCAUGGGGAGAAAUGUUGAGCCAAGUGUUGGUGUAUUUCCUAGUAGAGGACUAUGCCAAUUACUGGCUCCACAGAAUGCUCCACUGCAAAUGGGGUUAUGACAAAAUCCACAGAGUUCACCAUCAAUACUUGGCUCCAAUGGUUUUUGCAGCGCCCUAUGCACAUUGGGCAGAGGUCCUAAUUCUUGGCUUUGCUUCAUUCCUUGGCCCACUAAUGGUCCCUUGCCACAUGAUCACCUUCUGGCUCUGGUUUAUUUUGCGUCAAAUCGAAGCAAUUGAGACUCAUAGCGGUUAUGAAUUCCCAUGGAGUCCUUCGAAGUACAUUCCUUUCUAUGGAGGUGCAAUCUACCAUGACUACCAUCAUUUUGUUGGGGAGAGCUGUAAUAGCAAUUUUGCAUCGGUUUUCACUUACUGUGAUACCAUUUACGGCACAAACAAGGGAUACCAAUAUCAGAAGCGAAUCUUUGAAAAGAGAGAAAAAGGGAGGAGAAGAUCAAGUUGAGCUCAUGAACUCCAGAACCACAUUAUUCUCAUUAGAUCACCGCAAAUACAAUUACAACAUGGGGUAAACAGAAUACAAUACAUGAUAUGAGAAAAUAGGAUAAUGGUCAUCCAAUAUAUAUUUACAACACUUCCCCGUGGCCAUUAUCUUACUACACUUAUGCCUCGUUAAAACCUCGCUAAAAAAAUCAUGUAGGAAAAAACCUAGUCCUGAAAAACACUACAUGAUGUAUGUCAAAUUAUUAUAUGUUGUAUGGUUUUCCUCAUCAAAACCUUUGGCUAAGAAAACCCAAUGAGGAAAAACUUAGCUAAGGGAAAAAUAGUACAACCUUAAACUAAUCAUAAAACUUCAAGGUAUAACCUUCA